AUGUCCGAGUCGCCCGUAAAGACCAGUGACAUCUCUGUCGCUAGUCAGGAAGCCAUCGGUGAAAAGACUGGUGUUACUGUGCUUGCUACAAAAGAUGAGCGUGGACUCGGUGACGAUGGCCUCGAUGACCAACCGGGCGCGAUCAUCGUCACCGGUGCAGAUGCAGCUCUCCAUCUGCUGCCUCUGCGAGACGACCAUGACAGUGUUUUAACCCUUCGAAGUAUAUUCCUUUCGUCUGGCCUCGCAUGUUUCCAGGCUGUGAUGUACCAGAUUUAUCAGUUCAAACCGACCAUGGUUACAAUUCAGGGAACCUUCAUCGUGCUCAUCUCCUACUUCCUUGGCAAUGCCUGGGCUAAAUUCCUUCCCCGCGGCGACAAAUUUGAAGCUCGCUGGAGGGCGAAAAAUGGCGAGGGAAAACUACCCUUUUGGAUCAAGGCGAUGAAGGUUUUCAAUCAGGGGGAAUGGGGUCUGAAAGAGCACGCAAUCUGUUCAAUUACUGCUACGUCAGCCUCAAAUGCUGCUACUAGCGCGACGGUAUUCGCAGCACAGGAUCUAUUCUACAACCUUCCCUUGAGACCGGCGACUGUGAUAUUGAGUGUUAUCUCUAUCGGUCUAUUUGGCUACGGUAUCUGUGGUAUUAUGCGUCCUAUCGCUGUCUGGCACACCGAGGCCGUCUACUGGAGUACUUUGCCUACUGUCAAGACGCUCCAGGGACUUCAUUGGCAGACAGUUAAAAACUCGAAGCCUCUUAGAUACUUUUGGUAUGCAUUCAGUGGCAUGGCGCUAUACGAGACCAUUCCUGCCUAUAUCUUCCCGUGGCUAAACUCUGUUUCUAUUCCGUGCCUGGCUGCACAAAAGGCCACUGGUGAAACCGCCAACGUACUAAAUAAUGUCUUCGGUGGAGCCACCAACAACCAGGGCAUUGGCCUAUUCACGCUGUCGUUCGAUUGGCAAUAUCUCACAUCUUUCCAAACCUCCCUCCCUCUCAAACUACAAAUUCAUCAGGCUUUAGGGAUUGCCACUUGUUUUAUUGCUAUGAUGGGGAUAUAUUAUGGCAAUGCCUGGAAUGCGAAAUCGCUUCCAUUUAUGUCGACGAGAAUGCUCAUGAGCAAUGGCACCACAUACCCUUUGGACGAGGUCUUCCCCGGCGGUGUCCUUAGCGAAGCCGCCCUGGUCGAACAUGGGCUACCCAAACUCACUGGAACGUUUGCAUUCGCAAUGUUUAUGGCCAACGCAGCGAUUGGUGCCCUGAUCGUUCACUGCGCUCUAUUUUGGGGCAAGGAUAUCUGGAAGGCCUAUAAAAGCGCGAGAGAAGGUAGGUACGAUGAUAUACACCAUGAGCAUAUGGCCAAGAACUAUAAAGAGGCUCCAUGGUGGUGGUAUAUCACUGUGCUCGUUGGCAGCUUUAUCCUGGGUAUAAUUGUCGUCACAAAAGAGAACAUCACCUUGUCAGCUUGGGAAUACGUGGUCUCACUCGCGCUGGGAUGCAUUAUCUCACCCUUUAGUACCAUCAUCUAUUCUCGCUUCGGUAAUGGUAUUGCUACCAACAAUUUGUCCAAAAUGCUGGCUGGUCUCAUCCUUCCUGGACGCCCAAUCGGUAACAUGUACUUUGCUGCAUGGUCGCAUAACGUCAUUAACAAUGCUGUUAAUCUUUCCAAUGAUCUAAAGAUGGGCGAAUAUCUCAAAAUCCCUCCGCGAAUCAUGUUCCUGACACAAAUCUAUGGCACAAUUCUUGGUGGCUUCAUCAACUACGCCAUUAUGAUCUCUAUUGUAUCGGGCAAUCGAGAUCUUCUUGUCGAGGGUGAUGGAAACUCCUCCUGGAGUGGUGCAACUAUACAAUCUUUCAACACCAAUGCCGCAUCAUGGGCUCUGGCUCCUUACAUCUAUAAGAUCGGUACCCCAUAUGGGGCUGUACCCCUUGGUAUAAUCGCCGGUGCCGGUGCUGUGAUGGUUCACGCCGUCUUCCAUCGAUUCGUGCCCAAAAUUGGAAACUUUGAUACGUCAGAAAUCAAUCUACCGCAAUUCAUCCAAUACGCCGGUUAUAUCCCCUACAACCAAAGCCAGACCUGUGUCCUCUUCACCUGGAUCCUUGCUGGUUUCUACGUUCAGUUUUAUCUCCGAAACUACCGGCCGCGGAUCUUCAGGGACUAUUCCUAUCUGAUUGCAGGAGCCUUUGAUGGCGCUAGUCUGACGGUUCUAUUCAUCCUCUCAUUCGCUGUUUUCGGGGCUGGUGGAGUCUCGCACCCAUUCCCAUCGUGGUGGGGAAACAACGCGGAGGGCCACUACGAUUGGUGUCCGGCAGCAGAGUAG